AUGUCAAACGUCUACCCGACAGAAUAUAAUAGUCAGAACUCGAAGAAGCGUAACAGACCUACAGUGGUAUGCACAAACUGUAAGAAAAGGAAGAGUAAAUGUGACCGAGGAAGACCAUGCAGCACCUGUGCUCGCUUGGGAGAUGGGGAUCGAUGUAUUUAUGUCAGUGACACAGGCUCUGAAUCACCCGUUCCCAUGAACCAGUUUAUGCCGAAGAGAGUGAAAGUCUUGAAACCUUCAAAUAGACAUGCGUUCCCCAGAUCUCCUGAUAUGGUCUCAAAUACUUCGAUGCAGUUGAUCACACCAAUUCAUCACCAGGAGCCAGAGUUUAUUAAUUUGAUACCUAACGGUUUCUAUAUUGAAACUAAGAGAUCUGCGGUGACUUUGUUUUCUUUGUUCACGGAUUCUUCCAUGGAGCAUAGAGAUCCUUACUUGAAGGCAAUGUUAACCUUUAGAGAAAUUGCUAUCAAGAGGACUAUGGAAAAGUUGAAAUUGAAAUAUAGUGCUAUCACGAACCCCAGUUUACCAGUCUCUUUUGAAACGUUAUCCGCUUUCGAUGAUGUCAAUGAUAAGAUUGCCAAAAAGGGUUCCUUUUCACACGAAUUAGGCGCUAUCUCUGACCCCACUGGGACUUCUAAUGGACCUCCCUUCAUUAUGGGGAACCAUAGUACUUUUUUUGCAAAACAUCAAAUGACGCAUAAGGCAAUCUUUGAACGAUUUGCUCAAUAUAGAAAGAAUGAUAAUACCAAAUUUAAUGAUUUGGAAACCGUCGCCAAGACACAUAUCCCACCUCGUAGACUUUUCUUUGAUAGAAUUCUUCCAUUUUUCGAGAUGAAUAUAUUAGAUAUGAUCCCUAUUUUUAAUAUGAGAAUCUUAACUAAUGAAUUAGAUAUUCUUUACACUCGCGUGGAGACAGAGUCUACCAUCUCUUUGAAACAAUUCGAUCAUGUUGUUUAUUGUAUUAUAUUAUUGAUGACCAGAUUAACACAACUUUCCAUUGAAUUUUCAAAGGUGAAUCAUGAUUCAUAUAAGGAUAUCGUGACAUUAGAUUCUAGUAAAUAUAUUGCCAUUGUGAAUCAAUAUUUAUUUCAAAUGAAAACGUUGAGAAAAUGUACUUUAUUACAAUUGCAAAGUUUAAUAUUGUUAAGAUUUUAUCAUUGGUGUGCUCCAGAAGAUGGAGAUGGGCAAGAAGCACAGCAAAAUCAAGUCCUUAUGGGAACCAUUAUCGCCAGUUGCAAAGAAGUUGGUAUAAACUGGACUUGUUUUAUGGAAAAUGAGGGGAGGUUCUUCAGGAUUGCCAAGGCAACAAGACCCAAUUUGGAGUUCAUGGAUGUAGCCGAAUAUGAGAGGAUUUUCAAAAUGAUUUGGGCAUAUGUUUUAUUUUGGGAUAGGAAAAUGUGCUUAAUUAAUGGACAAGAAUGUUUGAUAGGUAAAUCAUUUCCUUUUAAGGGAACCAAACUUGAGCUGGAUUCAUGGUUUGUAAAGAUUAUUGAAUUGGAUAAUUUAAUAAUGAAGAUUAAUGAUCUCUGUAAUGAUUUACCAUCGCACGUUGAUUUAAUUAAGAUGGAAGUGCUAAAGGAUGAAUUGGAGAAUGGGUUUAAAGUACUUCAAAAAUAUUUGCAAGAUAAAAAUCAUUUAAAUUUUGAAUUUCAAUGGAUGUUAGAUCUUUUCUCACUGGCUAUAUUGCAUGCCAAGAUGAUAUUUUAUGAGUAUGAUACCAAUUUCAUGAAGUUUCAUAGCUCCAUGCAACAAUUAUGGGAUCAGCUAAUAUAUGUGGCACAAAGAUGUUAUGGUUUAUUCUAUAAUGAUACCUCAAAUGAUAUAUUGAAUCCAUUUACUAAAUUUUACACGAAUAGAAUUGUAGAAAUUGUGGCCAAUAAACUUUGUGUGUUAACCCCAACAUUCAUAUUAAGAAUGAAGAGAUUGAAACAAUUAGAUGUAUCAGCGAGAAAUUUAAUUGUCAAAUUCUUGUAUGGGAUAUCCUCCAUUUAUUUCAAUGAAUUUGGGUUUGAAUAUUAUAGAUGUUUUAAGAAGAUGUUUACGGCGAAGAUUAGUUACAAAUUAUUAAACCGACCAGCGGAUAAAGAUGCAUGGGAAAUCAUCUUGGAGUUUUUAAUUACAGAAUUAGAAUAUAAUAAGGAGAAUGAAAACGAUUCUGAUUAUAGGAAGAGAACUCAAUUACCCGAUCUAGCUCCCUUAGUUAAUAAACUUGCCACAGUUUUAGAUCAAAUGCCCAAUAAGGAAGAUAGGGCUAAUUUUAUGGAUGUUUGGGAUUCUACGAUAUAUCCCAUUGGCCAAUAUGAUUCUGAGUUCAAAUUGAACAUCCAUGAAGAUAUCUUGGAGCAAUUUGUCAUUGACAAAUAUACCAAUUCAUUCAAUAUAUUUGCAUCAUUUUAUGAUGAUGCUAGUUCGCAAUUAGCAGAGAGUACGGAGGAAGUGACUACGAGAUUAGGUAUGAACUUGCCCUCUCAACAGCUCAAUGGGACACCGAUGUCUAUGUCCUCAGGCUAUACGUGGUCCUUAGACCAGUCAAUCUCUGGUGGAAUAAAUGGAGAUUCAUUAGAACCUGGUAAUUUCGAAUUAUUGCAAGAAAUUUUUGAACCAAUGGAUUUUAUCUCCUUCUUUUAA